AUGACCCCGAGGCCUUCGCAGGGCUUCAGAAAGGAGCCGAGCGCGCCCGAGUGCCUUGUCGGCGAUCUCGGGCGUUUCGGCACCUCGAGCAUGGGGUUCGUGCAGAGCGCGUACCGCUGCUGCCUGUCGCUGGCCGCGGAGCGGGCCAGCGACCCCGCGCUGCCGCCCGGCGAGCUCCGGGAGCGCGCGCGGAGCACGGUGCUCUACAUCUGCGCCUUCUGCAACAACCAGUGGGACGCCAGCCAGGAGAGGGCCAACCACAGCGUGAACGAUUCCGUCUUCUGCCGCGUGUUGAGAGCCGAGUCGACGGUGUGCGCGGUGCUGAACAUCGACGAUGCCGCGCGCGUGUUCGAACGCGCCUGGUGCCAGCUCGAGGUGCUGCACGCGCGGCUGCUCGAGAAGCGGCUGGUGCUGAACUCGCGGGAGGGGCCACUGCACUCCCUGGACCCCGCGAAGGCGUGCACCCUCUGGACGGAGCGCUUCGCCGCGCGGAUGCUGGGGGUGGACAUCGGCCGCUCGUGCGCCACGGACCCGGAGGACCUGGAGCGCAUCCGCGCCCACGCCGCCAGGUGCAAGCUCCCCAGCGGCGCCCCUGGCAUGCCCGCGCUCGCGGGCGCGGAGGCCUUCAACGCGGUACUCCGGCGGGAGCUGUCGAGCGAGGCGCUGCCCUUCCUCGCGAAGGCCGGCGACGAGCACUCGGUGGAGGAGGCCCUGCGUUGGGGCGCCUCGCCGGACGCGCUGGACUCGCGGCAUCUGCCGGCGCUGACCUACGCCGCCGCGAGGCCCCCGGCCUGCGGCGUGGCCGAGGUGCUGCGGCGCUGGGGCGCGGACCCCCGCGCCUCGGCCGCGGCGGCGGACGCGGUUGCCAUGUUCGGCGCGGGCGAGGAGGCGGAGCGCCUCGCGGCCAUCGCGAGGAUCGAGGCCCUGGAGGGCGGGGCCGCGGAGCUCUUCGCGCCCGCGGCGGAGCUGGCGAGGGGCGCGCUGGCCGCGGAGGCGCUGCAGGGGCUGCGGGAGGCACUCGCCGCUGGUGGCGAGGCCGCGGCUGCGGCUGCUGGGAAGUCGCCGUGA